AUCUAGCAGAAGUACUUUGCACCCUCCAUCACACUCCCCUACUCUAUCAAAUUAACAAAAUGCCUUGGUCCCUUGGAAAGUCCCUAGGCCUAAUUGGUCGCGGGCAAGAACCACUCUCCUUCUCUCUUACCGCAAGCCCUACUCUUUGCGCGAACACCCCUUACAUCUCAGAUCUCAACGCCUCGAGGCUUCUCUCCACACCGGAUCGUACCGAAGCAGACGCCCGCUGGACUUACCAUACGCAACGAGAUUACGAACCUGAAGACAGCUUCAAAGAGCACGCCGUGUUGUGCCUUCCAUGUUGUCACCAUACCGAAGACAACCAGCCGGGUAUGGAUGAUACUCCUCUGGAUAGAAAGGCCCGUAAUGCUCUCGACGAGUAUUCCAAUUCUUUCGAUGAAUAUCGUCUGCUCAAACGGAGGUUAUCUACGUUGACGCACUCGCCACGGAGCGAGAAAGCUGCAUAACUGUCACAAUGUCGUGCAAUCAGCUGCGAUGCAUGCAGUUUCUGGAAGCCAUUCAACUGGCCUACUUCAUGGCGCCACCAUUGAUUUGGGUGUUUUGGAAGGAAUCUGUAACACUACGCUUAUUUUAGAGCAAGUCGCUAUAUGUAAUUUAACUAGCACGAAAUGCAUGGUCGGAC